CAAAGCGACGAAGACGAACUUGAACCAUCGACCCGGACAAAUCCUUGUUGCUGUGAACACUUGGGCCAAGGCCGGGUUCGUGAACGUCUUCAUAUUUUGGGUUGCUGCUGCAAUUGUUGCCAUUUGGGUUUGGCAUUUAUUCAUUUACUCACCUGCAAGUUACCUUACUUUCGAAACAUAAACAAUAUGUUGCUUACUUUCCAGGAUAGGUUGCGUAUUCCAUGGCGUGGUGGUGCCAAACAAGUAGCGUUAGAUGUGUGGUUUUCAGCAUUAAUGGUUGCGUUAGUUUUAGGCAUCGCCGCUAUCAACGUCUACACAGCUGUCAUAAUGUUUUUAGCCAGUUUAAUAUUUAUUGGCUACGGUUACUACUACGUUAGGCGAUCCUUAAUACGUACUCGUAUUUUUGCAUUUUGGUUAGUCUGGUCCGUGGCUUACAUGAGUGUGCUGAUGGAAUUUGCUGUACCGUUGUUAGAGUUUUUACCCGAAGAGCAUUUGAUCUUAGUUAUAUUGUCUUGUAUCUCAGCUUAUUGUUUCUGGACGACUUACCGUCGAUCGCAGUUAAAUUUUGUUAUGCAAAGUUCGGUGACAGAAGACGAAUUACCCGAUAUUACUGAGGUUACCGCCGCUGAAGAGGAGGAGGCGGAAGCUGCCGCCGCUCAUACCGCUCUCCUAAUGGAAAGCAUAGAUUCAUCUACAGCGGUUGAUUCAAGUAUGUGCAAUACAUGUCAUAAAUAUGUCCCAGCUCGCACCGUCCAUUGUCAAGUAUGCGGCGCCUGUAUUUUACGGCGUGAUCACCACAGUUAUUGGUUAAAUUGCUGCAUUGGGCAAUGGAAUCAUAUGUACUAUUUAUUGGGUCUAAUUUUCGGAAUUUUAGCAUUACUAUUAUGCGCCAAUCUAACUUUGACGGCCGUUUGCCAUCCGUUUUUGGUUGUAAGACUGUUCGGCGUAGCUGUAAUGCUUCCCGACGAUUGUACCGAAGUCUUUGACGAAUACACUUUGAGUCUGUCAUUUAUCGUUGCUUUAUACGCUUUGCUAAUGACCUGUUAUAUGUUGGUGGCUUUAGUCAAACAGAUUUGCAAAAUAUCACGCAACUCGAAUACUGCAUCUGGUAGGCGUAAUCAUGCCAACGGCACUUUAACAAAAUGGUUAAGCAAUUGGAAAGCAUUUCUCUUUUAGAUGAGGAAAGCGCACAAUUAAUUGAAACCGACUUACAUAAGUAAACGCAGGUACUAUUCUAAGCUGCUGCACAAUUGCAAUACAACAAAAAAAUAUUAAAAAUUAGCUUAGUAACAAAAUGGGUCAGCAAAUAAAUUGCGUCGAAUUUUUAGUAACUGUCUAGAGCGUAUGAUAAUAAGUUUUCUGAAGUGUUUAAAAUAACGGGGAUUUAUCCACAAUUGUAUUCUAAUCAUUAAGCAAUCUAUCCAAAGUCAAUAUUAUAGUAAGUAAGUGAAAUAUUAAUGUUAAGUAAAAAAUAAGUUUAAAGCAAAAUAAUAAUUGCUGACAGUAAAUUUGAGAAGAAGAAGAAACAAUAAAGUCUUAAUUGUUAAGGAA